AAGAAGGAGCAGAAGCAGAGGAGUGCUCCUCCCUGCCCCUCCCUCCCCUCUUUUUCUUUUCCUUUCCUUUCCUCCAAUCCCUUCCCCUGCUCCGUCCCGUCGGGCUUCAGAAGAGCGAGCGGCGAGCGUCUGAGCGCAGGACAACUCCGCCGCUGCUAGGAAAAGCCGCUAUGAGGGGCGCGUGGGUGGUGCUGGCCGCUUGCUGCUGCUGCUUGGGGCUGUGUCCGGCGGGGGCGGGCGCGGCGGCGUGCGAGCCCGUGCGGAUCCCGCUCUGCCGCUCCAUGCCCUGGAACAUGACCAAGAUGCCCAACCAUCUCCACCACAGCACGCAGGACAACGCCGUGCUGGCCAUCGAGCAGUUCGAAGGACUCCUGGGGACGGGCUGCAGCGCCGACCUGCUGUUCUUCCUGUGCGCCAUGUACGCGCCUAUCUGCACCAUCGACUUCCAGCACGAGCCCAUCAAGCCCUGCAAGGCGGUGUGCGAGCGCGCCAAGCACGGCUGCGAGCCCGUCAUGAGGCGCUACAACCACAGCUGGCCCGACAGCCUCCAGUGCGGCGAGCUGCCCCUCUACGACCGGGGCGUCUGCAUCUCACCGGAGGCCAUCGUCAAGGCCGACGGGCCCGAUGCGUACUCGCAGGACCCCAGCCGGUGCAACCCAGAAACUAGCCCGGACUUUCCCUUGGACGCCAACAACCUUCACUGCAGAGGAGCCAUAGAUCGCUGCCAAUGUAAGACGGUCAAGAUGGGGCUGAAAACAUACCUGAAGAACAACUACAACUACGUGAUCCGCGCGCGCGUGCGGGAGGUGCGCGCCCGCGGCAUGGAGCCGACGGCCACGGUGGAGGUUCGCGAGGUUCUCAAGUCGUCGCUGGUGCACAUCCCCCGGGAGACGCUGACGCUGCACUAUUCGUCCUCGUGCCGCUGCCCGCCCCUCACCGCCGGCGACGAGUACCUCAUCAUGGGAUACGAGAACGAGGAGACGUCCAGAUUGCUGCUCAUCGACGGCUCCAUAGCGCUCAAGUGGAAGGACAAGAUGGGGCGCAAAGUCAAGCGGUGGGAUCAGAUCCUGCAAGGAAAAGCCCGAGCCGCUCAUCGCCGGAGUCGCCACUGAGCCCCGCCCCCAGCCCCUUGCCCCGCCCCCACCAAAGCGUGUAUAUUGCACUAUCACAAGCAUCUGUGUCACAUAUUCAGAGCUAGAUGCAUCACGCGCGCCGUCGUUGCCAGCCAUUUUGGAUGAGUGCCAUUCCAGAAAUGUAGCAUGUAUACUUUGAAAUGGCUCCAUUUUCAAACAUUUUCCAAGUGGUUGCUUAAUGACCAUCAUUUUUGGAUUCACCCAUUCUAUUUGACAAGAAAACAGCAUUAUAUCCAAAUACGAGCCGCUGGCCCAGGCCAGUAUCCACAUUGUAUUAUGGAAUAUUUCCACCACAAAGGCAUGCGGCUCUUCCGCUUUAAGCCGCAGUGGAGAAAAGUAGGGGCUUCUCGUCAGAAAAUGAAGAUAUUUUUUUCAACAUCCGGCCUGGAUCGUAUAUCCAACGAUACAGACAAAAAAAAUGACGUCGAGGGUUAUCGGGAAGUAGGAAAUACUUUUGACAACCCUGACGGUUAGCUGAGAAUUUUUUGCAGUAAGCCGGCCGACUUUUGGCAUCUAGCUCUACGUAUAUGUGACAUCGAUGCACACAAGUAGCUGAAUGUAGUUGAUUUAUCUUUGCACAAGGGUUCGCGUACGCGGCACUGGCAGGCUGACUUCACUUUUCUCAUGCGGCGUAGAAUGUCAGUGACAGCAUUUAGAAGGCUUGGUCAGCUUUUUUUGUCAAUGUGAAAAAUAUCACAGAUCAUGACACUUUUUUUUUGAACUGCUGCUGCUGCUGCUCUCAAAUGGAUUUGGUUUGGCGUACGAAGACGAGGUUACUUUGAAACAACUCACGUUGAAAAGUACGGAAAAAUAAACAUGUUUUUAA